CUUUGGUAGUGGCUGCGCCUGUCCGUGUCAACAUCAGGAGAUGAAACAACACCUAGCGGCAUUAAGCUGCUGAUGGACGCAUGAUUUGCUCCCGUUUCUCAAGGACUAGAGUGUUAAGUUGUCUGGUCUGCACACAGCUGCAGCAGAUCUAACAUGCUGAUGGAGAAGUAAACCCCACCGAUGGAAACCCAGAGGAAGAGCUCUGAGGAUGACAGCGAAGGAGAGAGAGGUCUGCUUCAUACAUGGAAGGGCUACUCCUGCAGCGUCACUCCAGAGAGGGUGCUCCUCCCUCGACCUGUCCUUCAGGUCGCCUUGGGAUCACGACACGGUGUCUUGCUAGUUGAAGGCGGUCAGGUGUACAGUUUUGGGGAUUUGCCAUGGAAGCAGAGUCAACCCCCAGAGCCAGAGAAGCCCACUUUAGAGAGUGCCCUCAGCGGUCAGCGGGUCGUCUCCAUCGCCGCUGGAAGCUUCCACAGUGGAGCCGUCACAGAGGACGGCGGCGUCCACAUGUGGGGGGACAACACCUCAGGUCAGUGCGGCCUGUCCGGCUUGAGCACCGUCCCUAACCCGACUCCUGUCGCUCUCCUUGACUCUGACAUCACUCCAGCGCAGACUGUGCCUGUUCUGGAGCUGGCCUGUGGGGGGCAGCACACACUCGCUCUGUCAGGGCAGCGGGAGGUUUGGGCGUGGGGCAGCGGCUGCCAGCUCGGCCUCAACGCCGCCGCCUUCCCUGUGUGGAAGCCGCAGAAGAUUGAACAUUUAGCAGGGAGGUAUGUGUUACAGGUGGCGUGCGGGGCGUCGCACAGCCUCGCUUUGGUGCGCUGCCUCGGCCCGCAGGACCUGCAGCGCCCCCUUGUGGACAAAUGCAGACAGUGUAACCAGCUGCUGUACACAAUGACUGACAAAGAGGACCACGUCAUCAUCUCUGACGGACAUUACUGCCCACUUGGCGUGGAGCUCACUGAAGAUGAGGGCCGGCUAGAGGCACCUGCUCCGAUCCAGAUCCUCAAAACAUCCCCGUCUGAGCCGGUCCUCCCCUCCCAAACUUCCACUUUGAACUCAGGCUCUCCAGUGCCCCCUAAGGACACAGAACCGUCCUCUGACACCCCUCAGGAGAAAAAUAAAUCAGUUUUAGCCAACGGUGCGCUGCCAGCUGUAGAAUCAAGCACCUCAGCUCAGUCUAAAAGUGGAGUCUGUGGAGCGAAGAGUUCUCCAUACCCCGAUGAGCAGGCGGUCAAAGACUACUUGAAGAAACUGACAGACAACACGCAGGUGGAGCAGAUAAAAACAGCCACAGGAGGACUGCACACUCUGCUGCCCUCAGCAGGAGGUCUCACCUCCUCCCACCCCGGCUCUGCACUCAACAGUCUUGUUGCCUCCUGCGCCUCCGCUGUGGGCGAGCGAGUCGCCUCCACGUAUGAGGCUCUAUCCCUCAAAAAGAUGAUGCACUACCUGCCCUCAGGAGUGCCAAGGCCCAGCGGGACGACGAGCGACGCCACCACCGAUCGAGUCCGCCUGGAGGACUCCACGCAGGCCAAGAAGAGCUCCAGCACAGGAGACAUCCGCGAGGAGGAGGCGGAAGGUCUGCGGCGCCGCCUCUCGCUACCAGGACUCCUCUCACAGGUCUCCCCUCGGCUGCUGAGGAAAGCCGGUCGUCCAAGGACUCGAGCCGUCGCCCUCACUCCGCUGGGAGGUUUGGUCCCUGAGGCCCAGGACGUGUUUCCCACCCUGCAGACGGAGGUGUGGAGUUGGGGACACGGCGAGCAAGGACAGCUGGGACAUGGGGACAACUUGGCCAGGCUGCAGCCGCUGUGCAUCAAGAGUCUCAACAACAAGGAGGUGGUUCGAGUCGCGGCUGGCGCUCAUCAUUCUCUAGCUCUGACUGCUCAGUCUCAGGUGUUCUCAUGGGGGAGCAACAGCUGCGGUCAGCUUGGACAUAUGGACUCACCCAGCACUAUCCCUCGCCUUGCAAAGAUGUCAGAGGGAAUCCGAGUCUGGGACGUAAGUGCAGGAGAGAAACACACCGUCUUACUCGCAGAUGGAGACUGCAUCCAGCCGAUUAUUUACUACAGUGGGCAGCAGGUGAAGGAGGAGGAGGAGGAGACCGGGUCAGUGGAGGAGGCAAAGGAGGAGUUAGAGCAGCAGCAAACAGGAGGCUACACCCAGCAGCCUGUACUUCUACCUUUCUGCAUGAACCUGCGUUACGUCAGCAACGUGUUUGCAGGCGGACAGCGCUGCGUUGCCCUCUCUGACAGGAACGUGAUGGGCUUCAUCGCCAGCCUCCACGAACUCGCCUCAGCAGAGAGGAAGUUCUACUGCAAGCUGUGCAACAUCAAAACACAGAUCAUACGCCCCCUGCUGGAGCUUGAGUCUCUGAGCUCAGCCCUCGGCCAGGUUACCCUCGGGAUCCUGCAGACUCUUGCAGGACGGUUCAGCCUCCUCUGCCACUUGACUGGGCAGCACGCCGCCAGCCUCACUGCCAACCUGCGCCGUGGUCGAGACGUCAAGAGCCUGCUAGUCCUUGACCACUCUGAGAUCUUCCUGGACUCUUAUAACGAGUACUGCAGCGUUUUGGGAAACUUCCUGGUGAUGGGAGGAUUUCAGAGUCUGACCAAACCUUCACUAGAUUUCUUUGGGAAGACCCCGGAGCUUCUCCAGAAGCUGUCCGAGUGCAGCGAGGAGAACCCCGCCAUGUCUGACCUCCUAGUGGCGCUCUUCUACCUUCCCACUCGCCACCUUCACGAAUACGGCCGUCUGCUGCUCAAACUGGCAACUUGCUUUGAAGUAGUGAGUGCAUCAGCAUCUUCUUGCUCCAAUGACUACCAGAAGCUGCAGGACAGCUGCUCCAAGUUUGAAGCUUUGGCGCUCCAGCUGAAGAGAAAGCGAAAAGAAGCUGACUACACGUUAAAUUUCUGGAAGAAUUUCCCCGGCAAAAUGACGGAGUCUCUGAGAAAACCUCACCGCAGGCUCAUCUGCGAGAGCAGCAACAAAGCUCUGACCCUGCAGAACGCCGGCAGGUUCUCCGUCAACUGGUUCAUCCUCUUCAACGACGCGCUGGUCCACGCACAGGGCGUGGCGCCUGUUAAAAGCCUUUUUUCCACACAUCACGUCUUCCCUUUGGCCACACUGUGGGUGGAGCCGAUCCCAGAGGAAAACACUGGCAUAUAUGGACUAAAGGCGAUCACACCAGAGGAGACGUUCACCCUGCUGGCUUCUUCUCCCAUGGAGAAGGCUAAGUGGCUCCGCUCCAUAAAUCAGGCGGUGGAUCAGGCGCUGAGCGGUGCAGGGCAGGAUGCAGCUUCAGUGGGCUCGGGGUCGGGGCAGAAGCUGGAGCCUCCCAUCUCCAGGACGGCCUCGUACACUUUUUAUAAAGAUGGACGGCUAAAAGACGCAAAAUAUGAGGGACGCUGGCUCGCUGGGAAGCCACACGGCAGGGGAGUGUUGAAAUGGCCUGAUGGGAGAAUAUACACAGGGUCUUUUAAGAAUGGGCUAGAAGACGGCUACGGUGAAUUUGUGGCUCCCAAUAAGAUGCUCAACAAGAACGAUCACUAUCAAGGUCACUGGAAAGACGGCAAGAUGCACGGAUUGGGGACGUACAGGUACGCCAGUGGGGAAGUCUACGACGGAUCCUUCCAGGACAGCAUGCGGCACGGUCACGGCAUGCUGCGCAGCGGGAAGCUCAACACCUCCUCUCCUAGUGUGUUUAUUGGACAGUGGCUGCAGGACAAGAAAACCGGCUAUGGGGUGUUUGAUGAUAUCACAAAAGGAGAGAAGUACAUGGGCAUGUGGCAGGAGCACCAGCGUCAGGGCAUCGGAGUUGUUGUCACUCAGUUUGGCCUCUAUUAUGAAGGAGCUUUUAAAGAUAACAAAAUGAUGGGCACAGGGGUCCUUCUGUCAGAGGAUGACACCACAUAUGAAGGGGAAUUCUCUGACGAUUGGACACUUAAUGGAAAGGGAGUGCUCACCAUGCCAAACGGAGACUACCUGGAGGGCUCCUUUAAUGGUGAAUGGGGCUCUGGACUCAAGGUGUCCGGGUCCUACUUUAAACCACAUCUGUUUGACACGGACAAGGACAAGAACCGAGCUGUGAAGCUGGGGCGUCUGUGUGUGUGUGCAGAGGAUAAGUGGCAGGCCGUGUUCGAGGAGUGUUGGACUCAGCUCGGCUGUGAGGCGACGGGCCGAGGGGAGAACUGGAAAGCUUGGGAGAAUAUCGCUGUGGCCCUUACAACGAGCAGACGGCACAUCCAGGACAGCCCAGAGAUUUUGUCUCGGAGUCACAGCCGAACCUUGGAGAGUCUUGAGUUCAUUCCUCAGCAUGAUGGACCAAUCACCAUCGAUCGAUACCACGCCAUCCGCCUCUACCUCAUCAAGGCCUGCGACACCCCCCUCCACCCACUCGGCCGGCUGGUGGAGACUCUGGUAGCGGUCUACAGGAUGACCUAUGUGGGUGUUGGAGCAAAUCGCCGGCUGCUGCCUCAGGCUGUCAACGAGAUCAAGUCUUAUCUUAACCGCAUCUACCAGAUCGUCAGGUUCCUUUUCCCUGAUCUGCCAGAAGAGGGCGGCCUAAUUCCAGAGCCGACCACCAACCUCCAGGAGAAGAAGGAGCCUGGCUCAACUGAUGCCCAACCAGAGUCACCAAAACCUGGCCGUGUGGUGAGCAGCUCCGCUCUGCUGCUCCCUGUCCUGCUGCCUCGUCUCUACCCACCACUCUUCACCCUCUACGCUCUGGACAAAGAGAGAGAGGACGACGUCUACUGGGAGUGCGUUCUCCGCCUCAACAAGCAGCCUGACCUUGCUCUGCUUGCCUUCCUGGGAGUUCAGCAAAAGUUUUGGCCUGUUUCCAUUCCUGUCACCAUGCCCUUACUGGGGGAGAAGCAGCAGGUUCUUUCCAGCACAAAGGACGCCUGUUUCGCCUCUGCCGUGGAAACAUUACAGCAAAUCAGCACAACAUUUACACCGUCAGACAAGCUACAAGUGAUCCAGCUCACCUUUGAGGAGAUCACUAAGGAGGUCCAGUCACUGCUCAAACAGGACUUUCUGUGGUCAAUGGACGAGCUGUUUCCUGUCUUCCUCUAUGUGGUUCUGCGAGCACGAAUCAGGAAUUUGGGUUCUGAGGUGAGCUUGAUUGAGGACCUGAUGGAUCCCUGCGUUCAGCACGGAGAGCACGGCAUCAUGUUCACCACCUUAAAGGCUUGUUACUACCAGAUCCAGCACGAGAAGCUCACAUAGCUCCAGCAGCAGGACUUUCCUCCCUCUCUGCUGCCUCCAGCCACAGCCAAUCACAGAGCCGGGAUCAGCAUGAGGGCUUCAGAGUGACGGACGUCUGCAUCAGCCAAUAGGAAGAAGAGGAUCAUACGAACAGGUUGCAGACAGCUCCAUCUGCUGCUGUCAUGGAGACGGGACCACCUCCCCCUCCCUCACAUACACAUACUCUCUCUGUUUUGCCCUUUGGUGACCUCUGCCAGCUGCUUAACCACGGAUCAUUGAGGUACAAAUGUGAAAAGUGUUGGUGUUAACCUGACAGAUAUGAGCCACUUCAAACCGUCCAGUGACACACAGACUGAUGCGACUGUCUACCAGGAGAUCUUGACGUUGGGGAUGCUUCUACCUGGGAAGAAUUCAAGAUUGAUAUUUGUGUUUUUUGUGCCAAUGGGAGUGUUUUUGUUUUCUGGGGAUAUCAGACAUAAUUUCAGAUCCAUUCUUCAGUAUGAAACCAGAGAUGACCGCCAUUGUUCACAGAAGAUAUCACUUUUUUAGCCUUUAGUGUUUCAGAUCCUUGAUAUUUUCCUGACACAAACAUGAAGAAAUGGACCUCAAGAGAAUAAUCUCCUUAAUGAAACUGACUUUUAAAUUAUCAUCUUCAUAAACUGACACGGCAGUAUGUUUACAGCCCCGCCGGGCUGACAUUUAUUGUGUUAUAAAAGAGUAUUUUCCGGUUAAACAAGAAAGAAGCAUUUGGUUAACGUCCUCACAAGAGCUUUCCUGUUAGCACCAGAGUGGCUAAUUUAUAGCUAGGUGUGAUACUGUAUUUAUGCAAAUUAAAGCGUACUUGGCAUGCUUUGGGUGAAUGUAAACAAGAGUCAGCUAAAGCUCUAGAUGAAGCUCUUAUUUAAAUCUAGCAAUUUGGAUAAAUAUCAGGAAGUCAUCCAGAGUUUAACGGUUAGGCUGUCCACACUUUAAAGUAUUAAUAUUGUAGGUUGAAGUUUAAUGACCCUGAUUGUUAUCUAGGGUAGAGAUGAUUUGUUUGACUUAUUUCUGAGGCUGAAAACUUUGAGGUUAUUGCUGUUGAAAAUGUUUGAAUUAAGAUCAGAAGGCUCCAGCAUCACCUUCUGUUAUCCUCAAGACUUUUCAUUCUCCAUGCACCUUGGAAAUUGUGCCAGAAAACCUCAUUUUUGUUGCAAAAGAAACACUUCUGCAGGACUGUUGACUUGAAAAAUAGCAUUUUUUUAGAUGCAACCACUCAGAUUGUUAACACCUCAUGUUAAAGCUUCAGUUGACACUUUGACAAAGAUAAACCGAGCUGAAAGAUGUAAGGCAAAAUCAGCGUUCACUAAAAAAUCAUAUAUAGAUUAUAUUUCUAAAAUAAUUUGGGAAAACAUUGCUUUUUUCAGUACGUUUACAUGCAGUCAGAAAAUGCGGUGUGAAAGCUCAUUCAAACCAAACAAGUGCUUAGAAACACGGUCGCGUUGUCGAGACUCACCUUCUUCUUCGGUACUGAUUCAUUUGUCUAAUGCGGAGAACAACAUGCUGGACAGCUUGCUGCCUCGCUUGCUGCCCACACUUGCCACCCUCUUGUGAAAUACACAUUAUAGCAAAAGCAGAAACCCCAAGACGGCAUAAAUUUGGUGCUGCUAGACCAGGUUUUGUGCACGUGCCUUUUAGUGUCAGCAUCCUGCUCUGACCUGGAAUCAAAACAGCAUAAAUGAAGAAGCACAGCUGAAGUUGCAUAGUCAUCUGCCUCUGGAUGCCAUCAUAAGCUAGAGGAACAGAACUGAUCACCAUAGAGCCAAUGAGCUGCUUGUUAAGUUGUUAGGAGGGCCAACUUAGAAAACAUCCUGUGAAACAGGCUGAAAUAGCGAAUUUUGCCGCUGGCCAUGUAGCAGAGUCAGACCUGCUCCUGUCACUAAAAUGGUGCUGGUGUGACUGUAGCUUGACCUAACUGUAUAUGUACUGAGUGCAAUAAAUAAACAUCAAUUUUUGGUGCAAAAUAGGUGCAAAAUGUUAUAAAUUAUGGGGGUUAGAAUAAAGAAUUUGGGGGUUGAGGAAAAAAGUGUUAAAAAACAUUGUUAUUUUCCUUUAAAAUAUAAAUCUCCAAAGGUUAGGGUAGAGCUGUGUUGCAGAAAUAUCCAGGCCUUAUGGAAACAAAAAAUUCAAAAACUGAAUGCAUUUUCAGUGUUGCGUCACCUGGAGAUGCAUGUGUGUUAUCCAACAAGCAUCUUUCUGUGCUCUGAUUAGCAGUCAUUAGUAAAUGUCUCCUCAAAAAGAUUGGAAUUUGAACUGUAGGAUCACCUUCGUCCCUUCAUCAUCCUCAGGAGGAAAGAAAGAAAGUAGGCUGUAAAAUGAGGGAAGCUUUGAGUCCAUGGGUUAAAAUGUUUGCGUUGCAGCUGCAGGUGGAGUCUGAGCAGUUCAACCCAGGCGCUCGGAUUAAUGCAAACACUGUUUUUAUAGAUGUCGGCGAUGUUCAAAGCCGAUUCUCUCCGCCAUCUGUUAAUACUAACUGUUCUUUUUAUAAACCAUUUACUGCCCCGACCGUCACAUUGUUGCUUAUUUGAGAUUUGCGUCACACAUGCCAGUUUAUAAAAGAGCUUAGAGGGGAUUCAGAGGAUGACCCGGCUCUUUUUUUUCCCCAUUUUUAAUAACAUUGCUUUUGUUUUCUCAGAUGGUUUGAACAAUAGAGAAGCUGGAGGAUCAGAGGCCUUUUUUUGAUGGGACUAAAUAAAGGUGAAGUUGCUGGAUUCUCAAAAUUAAUCAGAAUAAGAGUGAUCAAACUGUCCUCUUUUGCUUGAAAACUAAGACUCAAAGUGGAGGAUAGAUGCGUUUUUAACAUACGGCCAAACUUGUAGAACAGUGGACAAUUUUGAAACUGAAUAUCCUCUAGUUUACUCUAUUUAUGUGAGAUUUUGAUUCACCUAUUCUUACAACUUUGUCACUUUUAGGAACAUUGUGCAGAGAUUUUUUUGCAUGCCUACCUGGACAAAGUUGACUCCCUCUCAUACUCUUGUCUUAUUUUUACGCUUUCUUUUUGCUUUGAAGCGGUGGUUCUCAACUGGAGGGUCGGGACACAAAAGUGGGUCGCAGAGCCUUAUUUCAGUGGGUCAGGAAUUUGAGAUGUAUGGAAACAUGAAGCAGGCGGACAUCCAUGUACUUUAUUUCCCUUCAUUUUGCUAUGAUGAUUGGUAAAUUUGUGUUGUUUUCUUGAGAUCUUGACUUAUUUAUCUUGUUGUCUUGAAGCUGAUUUUUACUUUAAAAUGAAUAAAUUAUUCAAGAUCUUGAGUAAACAGCCAAAAUUUAAAAGGAAACACAGGAAAAGAAUUAAAAUAUGCAUGCAUGUCCUGCAAUGAUGCACUUUUUGGACUUUUUUUUUUGCCCUGUCUCUUCGUUCAUUCAUGUUUUUAAUGAUUUCUCAUUAAAGAUUUGGUGGUGGGUCCUGAAGCUAGACCUGUUGAGAGCCACUGCUUUCAAGAUCCCUUCCUUUAUGAGUUUUUCUGCCUUUGCCUUGAUGCCCACACUUUAAAUAUCAAAUUGGCACGGCUAACAGGACAAUUCAGCUUCAUUACUUUCAUUUAAAAAGCCUUACUGUAAACACUUUUUUGCAGGUGUUUGUGCACCUAAAACUUGGCGACUAAUGCAAGAACUGCAAUUCAGAGCAAAAAAGGAGCCUCAAAUUCUCCCUAUAAAACUUUAUGUACCUUAAAAGUAUUUUGAAGCUUUCUUGUGAGUUAAAAAAGUUGCGUUUUGUUGCUUUAAAAAGGUUAUGAGAAUCCUAGCCUGUAUGUGCCUCACACUUGGAGAAAUGUCUUCAAAAAGCUGUGAAAAUAUUCCCUGGAUCGUUCAAAUGAACAUAAUAUUAAACUGACACAACUAGUGUGCAAUUUUAUGCCACCGAUUCUCAUUUUAUCACAACAUGAAGGCGGAUAUUUUUGCUUUUGCCUCUUUAAAUGAAGACAAAACUUCAGCAGACAUAAAACUGACUCAUAAAACAAAACUGCAUUGGCAGAACUGAACAUUUACUGUAAUAGUUGUACAUGAAGUGCUGUUGUAAACCUAAACUGAAGAUUCAUUCAUAAACUGAAGAUAUCGUUCAUAAGCUCAUGUUCGGUUCAUGUUUAUUCCUGUUUUCUGUACCUCAGCGAUGAAUGAAGCCCCCGAAAGAUCUGACUAUGUGUAAAACUGUUCUGUUGUUGGACUCUGGUGAUGACUAGUUGACAUUUUUGUGUUUCAGCUGGCUGACAUGACUCCCUCCUGUGUGUCUUUUACAUGAUGUCAGAUGUAUUGUACCUUCUAAAUAAUUGCAAAGGGCAAUAAAUGCAUUUG